AACCAAUAGUAGGGAAGAUUUUACUUAUUUUACACCUUCUCUUCAAGGUUUCGUGCAUACGAUGACGUAGGCAUACGGCAUCGUACAUCGAAUCAACAGUUUGAUUGAUUGCUAUGUUUCGUUUGUCAUCACACAUCACAGUAAUCUUUACGGUACUAACGAGAACACGACACGAACAUUGCAGUUGCAUCCUAUGUUGCUCAGAAAUAAUAAUAGUUCAAGAACAAUACUUGAAGACAGAAAAGGAGAGAUACAUUCCCACGUGGUUCCAUUGUUCCUAAUAAUGACGAUCAAGACUCUUUUCUUUGGAAGUCUGCUUUUUGCAACUGCGGUGCCCAUCGCAGGAUUUUCACCACCGUGUUCCGAAGUGUCCACCUAUCGCGAUAGGAAGCAGCAGUCUCCUCUAUUCCCUACCGAACUCAAAAUGUCGACCACAGAAAACAAAGUAACUGCAACAUCUCCUCGUGCGCCUCCUCGAACUGGAUUGGCCCAGACUCUGCUGAAUUUCGCUCUCGAAUCGCCUCUCUGGAAAUUGAUCCUGGUCCCCCAAGCGAGAGCGAAUAUUGUGCAAACUGCAGAAGCCAAUGAAAUUCCGUGGACGGCGGCGAAAGAAUGGAUACAAAGCCAGACUUCGCUCGAGGAGCUGGACACUGCAUUAAACGAAAAAGUAUCCUCGUCGUGGUCGUCAUCGAUUCCACCGUAUUAUCAGAAAGCGUUUCACGCGUAUGAAACUGGAAACCUAUCUUGGGAAGCAGCGUUCGAGGUCGAAAUUGCUAGCGCUGCUGUUGGGGCCCGAAACUUUCCGGAGUACGGAGCAAAGGGAGAAGACGCCUUCCGCGGAGCCUUUGAAUCGGCUCUGACCGAAGCCGGCGCCAAUGUCCCAAAUAGCGAAGGGGGAGACGUCGUCAGAAUCAUAGAUUUCGGCUGUGGCACAGGUAUGAGCACACGGCAGCUCGCACAAAACUUUCCACAGGCGGACGAAAUAAUAGGCGUCGAUCUGUCGCCAUACUUCACCACGAUCGGGAAGCGCCUCCUAGAACUGACACCUUCCAGUUUCCUUGAGGGCGGACCAUGGGUGUCCACCAUCCAGUCGGAUCCUCGCAUCGAAUACUUCGUGGGAGACGCUGCAAAAGCCUCGCAGCUGGAGGAGCUCGUUGGUGCUGAGGGGACGGCAGAUGUUGUAAACAUACAAUUUGUUCUACACGAGCUCCCCCCAGAUGCCUCCAGAGACAUGGUCGAUGAAGCAUUUCGCCUUUUGAAAACGGGCGGACAGCUCUGGAUCUGCGAGAUGGACUUUGAGUCACCAGGCUAUGCAGCACAACGAGCGAACCCGCUGCUGUUUUCCCUCAUCCGAUCCACCGAACCCUACCUCGAUGAUUACGCCGAAAGCAUCGCCGAUCUUUUUUCUUACAUCCAGAGCAAAUCGCAGUUUUUGACGGUUGUGCCCGCGACGGGUCGGCAUUUUGCAUUGGUAGCUACGAAGGGAGAAGAAUCGAUGGAUAGGAUAGAAGGCGUCAUGAAAGAUUUACGGUUUGACAAGGACGGGAACUAUAGAGUGGAAGACACGCACUUACCCACCUUCAAACGCAAAUCAGAAACAAAAUCGUAGCCUAGCAUGGCAUUCAUUGGACAAUGAUGUUGUCAACAGAUAAAAAGAAUAGAGAAUACUAUGAAGU